CCCCUGGCUCCCUCGGCCUUGCCAGCAGGGGGUGGCCCCUGUUGCCCAGGGAGAUGGGGUGGGUGGUCCGAGCACCCCUAUAAGAAUGGCAGCCGGGGAGACAGGCAGGCCAGACGCACCCAAGCCAUCCUUCCGCUCGCCCCUGGGGGGUCACGGCAGCCCACCCGUCCGACAUCCCAAAGGAGAAACUUGCUGGCUUGUUUUGGGGGGAAGGAUGAAGGUCUUGCCUGCCUCCCUCUUCCUCUUCCUCCUGCCCCUGGCCUCCCAGACCCCUGUCCACUCAACCCAGGUAAGUAGAAGACCCCAGGAGGACCCCACUUCUGUCUCAAACCCCACUUCUCUGUCGAAGACCCCACAUCUUCGAAAGCAUUCCAAUGCACCAUUUUUUUUGCAGAGAUCUAAAACAUUGAAUUGCUGGUGGGUAGGAAUUUUGGGAGCGGGGCACAGGGUCCUGCUUAUGGGGUGAGUGUUUUUUGGGGGGGUUAAAUUUCUCCUCUCUUGUCUCCUUCCCUCUUCAGUCCUUGCUGGAGAUGCUUGGGGAAGACUUGGCCGCCUUGCUGUCGGCCAACGAAGGGGACCACCCACCGCCGCUCUCCCAGAUCCUACGCGGCCAGCGGCCCCCCCACGAUGCCCCCGGCCCCCCAGCCCCCUCCUCAGGGGAGCGCGCCUUUAUCCACUUCCUGAAAGACUUUGUGAACACCCAGAAGAAGUUCCGGGGGCGAGCCAAGAAGAUGGCCCAGCAAGGGUGCUUUGGCAUCAAGCUGGACCGGAUCGGGACCCUCAGCGGCCUUGGGUGUUAACGGUAAGCCUGGGUGUGGAGUCGCUGAGGAAAGGGGGUUGGGGAGAGGGAAUGGGCAGGGUCUGCAUCUCAGAAGCCCCCUCUCUCGGCACCUCUAGGUGUUGGACUGGGGUUAACAUGCCUACACAAGUGAGGGCAACCAAAAUGGUCAAAGGCCUGGAAACGAUGCCUUAUGAGGAACGGCUACGGGAGCUGGGCAUGUUUAGCCUGGAGAAGAGGAGGUUAAGGGGUGAUAUGAUAGCCAUGUUCAAAUAUAUCAAAGGAUGUCACAUAGAGGAGGGAGAAAGGUUGUUUUCUGCUGCUCCAGAGAAGCAGACACGGAGCAAUGGAUCCAAACUACAAGAAAGAAGAUUCCACCUAAACAUUAGGAAGAACUUCCUGACAGUAAGAGCUGUUCGACAGUGGAAUUUGCUGCCAAGGAGUGUGGUGGAGUCUCCUUCUUUGGAGGUCUUUAAGCAGAGGCUUGACAACCAUAUGUCAGGAGUGCUCUGAUGGUGUUUCCUGCUUGGCAGGGGGUUGGACUCAAUGGCCCUUGUGGUCUCUUCCAACUCUAUGAUUCUAUGAUUCUAGUCCCUGUGAGGUUGUCCACCAGAUGUCAAAGAGAAAAACAACGACCAGACUUUUAGAAGACAUCUGAAGGCAGCCCUGGUUAGGGAUGCUUUUAAUGUUUAAUAGACUAUUGUAUUUUAAUAUUCUGCUGGAAGCUUCCCAGAGUGGCUGGGGAGACCCAGCCAGAUGGGCGGGGUAUAAAUAAUAAAUUAUUAUUAUUAUUAUUAUUAUCAUCCUGCGCUGAUCAUGUUCAAAGCAGCAGGAUAUGCUGAGCCUUCCCUGGGCACCCAGGAGGCGUUGGAAGAAGAAUCCCUUUUGGAUCGAUUCCAAAUUUUCAUGGAAUCCAGGCACAGAAUCGUGGAAUUGUUGAGUGGGAAGGGAGCCCGAGGGUCAUCUAGUCCAACCCACUGCAAAGCAGGAAUCCUGCCCAUGCGAAGCACAUUGCUUCCUCCAAAUCAGUGGUUCUCAACCCGUGGGUCCCCAGAUGUUGUUGGACUACAACUCCCAUCAUCCCUGAGCUCUGGCCUUGCUAGCUAGGGGUGAUGGGAGUUGUAGUCCAACAACAUCUGGGGACCCACAGGUUGAGAACCGCUGCUCCAAAUAAUACUGGGAACGGUAGUUUUGCCCCUCGCAAGCUACAACUCCCAGCACCCCUAACAAACUACAGCUCCCAGUGUGGUGUAGUGGUUAAGAGCGAUAGACUUGUAAUCCGGUGAACCAGGUUCGCUUCCCCGCUCCUCCACAUGCAGCUGCUGGGUGACCUUGGGCCAGUCACACUUCUCUGAAGUCUCUCAGCCCCACUCACCUCACAGAGUGUUUGUUGUGGGGCAGGAAGGGAAAGGAGAAUGUUAGCCGCUUUGAGACUCCUGAAGGGGAGUGAUAGAGCGGGAUAUCAAAUCCAAACUCCUCUUCUUCGUCUUCUUCCGAGGAGUCUUGCAUUGGGGAGUGGAAUGUGUUUGAAAUAUGCUUUAAGAACCAAUUGCAACAAUACAAGCGCAACAUGUAGGCUAAUAGUUAGUAGAGAAUAUAUAAUAGAAUGAUGAUAUCAUUCAAAUUACAGUGGUACCUCGGGUUAAGUACUUAAUUCGUUCCGGAGGUCCGUUCUUAACCUGAAGCACCACUUUAGCUAAUGGGGCCUCCUCCUGCUGCUGUGCCGCCGGAGCACGAUUUCUGUUCUCAUCCUGAAGCAAAGUUCUUAACCCGAGGUACUAUUUCUGGGUUAGCGGAGUCUGUAACCUGAAGCGUAUGUAACCUGAAGUGUAUGUAAACCGAGGUACCACUGUAUAGGAAUAAGCCAAUCCAAGUUCAUAUGUACAAUGUAACAGAGUGGUGGAGACCGAUGAAGACUAUUACGAAACAGUGGCGUCAUUCUGGAGACACUGUCCUUUUGAGGUUUUUGAGAUGUCUUCCGUUGAAACUUUUGAAAGACUAUUGAGAGACUUUACUUUGGAAGCUUUUUAGACGACUUCUGUUGGAACUAUUGUAAGACUGUCCUUAGAUAUCUAACUCUGUUAUGUUGUACAUAUGAACUUUGAUUGGCUUAUUCCUACGUGUUGUGUUUGUAUUGUUGUGAUUAAAUAUGCUUUAAACAGAAUCCUAUUGCUGACUAUGUCUCUGGACAGCCGACAAACAGAAUUAUUUGUCUCUGGUAAAGGUAAAGGGACCUUGACCAUUAGGUCCAGUCAUGGCUGACUCUGGGGUUGCGGCGCUCAUCUCGCUUUAUUGGCCAAGGGAGCCGGCGUACAGCUUCCGGGUCAUGGGGCCAGCAGGACUAAGCCGCUUCUGGCGAACCAGAGCAGCGCACGGAAACGCCGUUUACCUUCCCGCCGGAGCGGUACCUAUUGAUCUACUUGCACUUUGACGUGCUUUUGAACUGCUAGGUUGGCAGGAGCAGGGACCGAGCAACGGGAGCUCACCCCGUCGUGGGGAUUCGAACCGCCAACCUUCUGAUCGGCAAGUCCUAGGCUCUGUGGUUUAACUCACAGCGUCCCCUUCUUUGUCUCUGAACAGCCGACAAAUACCCUUUUCCCACCACAUGUCCCCCUCUGGCAACUGUUACCUACAGGUAGACUGCUUCUGGGCUUGGAGGUAAAAUUUAGCUACAAUCUGUAGACCUUUCACACCUCUUCCUCCUCCAUAAAUUUAUCAAAUGCCCUUUUUACGCCUUGAGAGUUUGAGACUGUGGGUUCCUUACAUUAACUAUGUCACAUACGAAUAUGCACUUCCUUUUCGACAACUGUUGCUUGUCCCCAUCCAAUUCAGGAAGGUGAUUCAACAGGAUGCGUGUGUGGCAGGUGGCACUCCUUCAUCUGGGUCCACUCCUGCCUUCAGAUCUCCCAUCCGCAGUCAGUCUUUGCCUUUAGCUGCAACACAGGGGGUUGGACUGGAUGACCCUUGGGGUCCCUUCCAACUCUAUGACUCAAUAAUAAUAAUAAUAAUAAUAAUAAUAAAUUUUAUUUAUAGCCCGCCCUUCCCAGUUCAAAAACUGGGCUCAGGGCAGUUAACAACAAAUUUAAAACACUUAAUUAUAAAAGCAGCAUAAAAUACAGUAUAAAAACAUGAAUAACAAUAAAAUUCAAAAAUCAAUUUAGGGGAAAGAAGCAUAAGGGCUAGCUGGCUGAAUUGGUCCUCUUUGGGCCAGCGAGGAGACCAGGGGAGAAUUAGCUGUGGGGUCCCAGAGUGGGUGAUCUUCAUAAAAGGGGAGGGGGAGGGAAGAGAAGGGAAAUGAAAGAUCAGGCUGAAUUCAAAUUAAAGGCCAGGCGGAAUAGCUCUGUCUUACAGGCCCUGUGGAAGUAGGUUAAAUCCUGCAGGGCCCUGGUCUCCUGGGACAGAGCAUUCCACCAGGUCAGAGCCAUCACUGAGAAGGCCCUGGCCUUGGUGGAGGAUAGUCUGGCUUCCUUAGGGCCCGGGACCUCUAAACUAUGGUUAUUCAUGGACCUUAAGGUCCUCUGCGGGGCAGACCAGGGGAGGCGGUCCCGUAGAUACGAGGGUUUUGGCAAUGGGAACUUGCCAGGGAAAAGGCAGGGGUCUGAGGGUUCGGGAACGGAGGCUCAAGUCUCCGAAGGAGGAACACAGGUGGACAGAACUUUCCAGAUGUAUGUCAAUUUUGGUAAGGCUAAAAAUUAUGGCGGCAGCUGUUUUCAGCUCCUUUCCUAGCAUAGAAUUCGCAUUUUUCACAGCUGCUGCACACUGGGUUGACAUCUUAAAAGAGCUAUCCACUAGGACUCCCAGGUCUCGUUCCUGGUUCAGCUCCAGUUCAGACCCCACGAGCCUAUAUUUGAAAUCUGCAUCACCUUACUCUCGUUUACAUUGGGUUGCACUUGCCAAUUCGCCUUCCAUUCACUCGGUUCGGAGCUCUUCGCAAUCCCUUUUUCAUUUCAGCGACCCUGAACGGCUUGGGAUCCUUGGCAAAUUUGGCCACCUCACCCCCCAACUCUGGAUCAUUCCAGGAAUUCUCUCAUAGACUUUGUAGAUUCCUACAAGGAUUCCUGCGCAGAUUUAGCUGUCAGGAAAUAAGAGGAGAGGUCCUCUUACUGCGGGACUUGACAUCUUUCCGCAGGGCCUGCAAGACAGAGCUGUUCCGCCUGGCCUUUGGUUUGGGCUCAGUCUGACCCUUAUGUUUCCCUCCCCUUAUGGUCUUGAUCUAUGGGCUGCUUUUAAAAUGAGGCUGCAUUUUAAAUUGUAUUUUAACCCAGUAUUUUAAAUUGUUUUUUUUCCCUCCCCCCCCCAUAAGUUUUUAUUGUAAUUUUACAGGUGUUAGCCGCCCUGCAUCCGGCUCUGGCCGGGGAGGGUGGGGUAUAAAUAAAAUUAUAUUAUUAUUAUUAUUAUUAUUAUUAUUAUUAAUACAACAAAACCAUUUGCAGGAAACAGAGUAGGGACAAAUAAAUGCCCGAGAAGAACCCUGCUGGAUCAGGCAUGUGAUUUAAACGAUGGGAUUCACUCCCGCAAGCUGUACUGAGCGCCACCACGUUGGGUAGUUCGUAAAAAUUCGACAAAUCCAUUGAGGAGGAGGCUAUCCAGAAUGCGGCAGCCAGACUGGGGACUGGGAGCGGCCGCCGAGACCAAAUAACACUGGUCCUGAAAGACAUACACUGGCUCCCAGUACGUUUCUGAGCACAAUUCAAAGGGUUGGUGCUGACCUUGAAAGCCCUAAACAGCCUCAAAGGCCCAGUAGACCUGAAGGAGCGUCUCCACCCCCAUCGUUCUGCCCGGACACUGAGGUCCAGCUCCGAGGGCCUUCUGGCGGUUCCCUCCCUGCGAGAAGUGAGGUUGCAGGGAACCAGACAGAAGGCCUUCUCAGUAGUGGCGCCCGCCCUGUGGAACGCCCUCCCACCAGAUGUCAAAGAGAAAAACAACUACCAAACUUUUAGAAGACAUCUGAAGGCAGCCAUGUUCAGGGAAGCUUUUAAUGUUUAAUAGGUUAUUGUAUUUUAGUGCUCUGUUGGAAGCUGCCCAGACUGGCUGGGAAAACCCAGCCAGCUGGGCGGGGUAUAAAUAAAUUAUUAUUAUUAUUAUUAUUAUUAUUAUCAUCAUCAUCAUCAUCAUCAUCAUCAGCUGCUAUAUGCUCUUUCCAAGGCCAGAAGCAGCAGACCUGCUGUUAAACUACGGAACUCCCUGCCACAGGAGGCUUUAAAAGAGAAUUGGGGAAAUUCUUGGAGGAGAGGGUUGCAGUUGGCUACUAGCCAUGCCUUCAUGGUCAGAGGCAGAGCAAUAGGUAGAUUUACAGAGAGGGCUAUUGAUGGCUGCUAACCAUGACAUAAUGCUUCUGAAUGCCAAUUGCUGGAAACCAGGGAGUAGGGGGAAGAGCUGCUCUCGCACUCGGAUCCUGCUUGUGGGUUUGGCUUUGGGCCACCUGGUUGGGCACUGCGAGAACCAGGAUCCAAAAGCUGACAGAAUAUGCCAAAUUAGGCGGUCUAUCGGACAAAAUAAAGAAUACAGCAAACCAGGAAUUUGCUUCAAAAUGGGAGUUUUUCAAAGAAUAUCUGAAAUAUAAAUAUAGUAGUUCAAACUCUGUUGCAGCAUUCGAGGAACUUCAGUAAUAGUUGCAAGGUAGAUAUAUUAAGAAAAAGUUUAAUUAUGGUAAAAGUCUGUAUUGGCAAUAAGUAAUAUGAAAUCGAAUAUGGAAUAGACGGGAGGUUGGGUCUUUAGUGUGAAGACCAAUUUAUGUUUUAUUGUUUGUUAAGAAAAUUCCGUGCCUAUAGUUAUCCCUGUGUAUAAUUUGGUAUUUGUGUUUUCUCUUUUUUUGCUGUAUCAAUAAAUUUUUUUUUAAAAAGAGAGAGAACCAGGAUCUUGACCAAGAUGGGCCACGAUUGCCUUGAUCCAGCAAGCCUCUUCUGAUGGCCUCAUUUUGCCUCUUCUCUUGCAGGUGCCACCCCUCUGACGAAGCCCCCCAGGGGCCGAAGGACUCUGCACAGACAAAAGCGCCCGCCGGGUGCUUGCAAAUAAAUCUCCGUACCUGCCCCCCCUCUGGGCGAUCUGCCCCGCUUCAGACCAAAAAAGACAAAAGCCCCUCCACUACCCUGACCCCCACGGACUUACUCCAAACACCAAGCGUCUCAACGUGCCAUUUGUAACCGAUUGGAACCUGUCUUAAAUUUUUGCAAAAAUAAAAUUGUUUCUGUUUGACUCCCC